AUGGCCACGACGCGAUAUCCCACGAACGACCUGCGGCGCCAGGUCGGCUCCCCGAGAUCAAAAGCACGAGAGAAUAAAGAUACACUCUGUCGCAACAUCCUUAUUUACGGCAACUGCCGGUACGAGGACCAGGGAUGCACUUUCAACCAUGACCAGAACAAAACCGCUUCCCCUCAAUCAGAUUUCACGAAGAAGACAUUCAAUGUCGACUCACCAGCUUUCACCCCCUCAGUUGCGCCACAGGCUGCCGCAAAGAAGACGACUCUUUCAUCACAAGCUGCCAAUGCGGCUCCAUUCACCCCGCGUGGGGUGGGCACAAGCCUCCAACCGAGCUCUGAGGCCUCCGUGUUCAACCCAGCAGCGAUCAGAGAGUUUACCCCUCAGAAUUAUGAGAUCGGAAACACCACCUCGAACGGGGUACCGCAAGAGAACGGCAUCUACAAUGACCCCUUCACCUCGAUGAGUUCCAUGAACUCCGCCUUGCCAUCGGCCGCACAAUACAACCUCUAUGCCUCCGACCACAAUACCCUCGCAAGCCCUGGGGCACAGUUCUACCCACAGCAUGGGGCAUUCCCUACCGGGCCUCUACAGCCGCCCAACUACCAUUUGUACCAGCCAUUUGAUAGCUACCGACAAGAGCUGCAACCCUGGCAGCGCGCAACCUACGACUUCUUCAUGCCAGCCAAGAUGAGAGAGGAACUGCAAAAAAAGAUGUUCGCCACUCAACAAGUGAUGCCAAACUCGGGCUUGCCCCAGUUGGAACGGUGGCACUCCCUAUUACCUUUGGACACCAAUAACAGGAAGAAUACUGCAUCUUUUGGUUACCCAAGUUGGGUAUACAAGGCCCAAAACAGUCGAACGGGGAGACAUUACGCCCUCAGGAGACUCGAAGGCUACCGGUUGACUAAUGAGAAGGCCAUCCUGAGCGUGAUGAAGGAAUGGAAGAAAAUCAAAAAUGCCAAUAUCGUAACCGUCCAUGAAGCGUUCACCACCAGGGAGUUCGGCGACAGCUCGUUAAUUUUUGCGUACGACUAUCACCCCCUAUCCAAAACGUUACAGGAACAUCAUCUCCAGGCCGCCCACGGAAACCGGUACCGGGCGCCCAAUGCCGUGCCCGAGACAACCCUCUGGGGGUACAUUUGCCAGAUCACGAAUGCGCUCAAGACUAUCCACUCAAACAAGUUGGCGGCCCGCUGUCUUGAGCCAAGCAAAAUCAUUCUUUCAGACACCAACCGUAUCAGGCUUUCGGCCUGUUCUAUUCUGGACGUUGUGCAAUUUGAAAGUAACACAAGGCCGGUCCAAGAGUUGCAACAAGAGGAUCUCGUCAAAUUUGGCAAGCUCGUUCUCUCACUGGCCACUAACUCCCCGCCAGCCCAUUUGAACAACAUCCAGGUCGCCCUUGACUCCAUUGCCAACAAGUACACGGCGAAUUUCAAAGAUGCCGUUGCCUGGCUCAUCGCGCCACCAAACCCUGGCGAAUCCAAAAGCAUUGAGAACUUCAUCAGUGGCAUCGCAACGCACAUGACGAGCUUUUUCGACCUAUCCCUCCAGGACAACGACGAGAAACAGUUCCAUCUGGCCCGGGAACUGGAGAACGGCCGUGUGGCACGUACCAUGAUGAAGCUCAUGACCAUAGUUGAGCGAGGCGAGCUCGGUGGAGUCCAAGGAUGGUCUGAAACCGGUGACCGAUACCAGCUCAAGCUCUUCCGCGACUACGUUUUCCACAGAGUGGAAGCCGACGGUAAACCCAACCUUUCCAUGGGCCAUAUGUUGAGCUGCCUGAGCAAGCUUGACGCGGCUAUUGAGGAAAUGGUGGUCCUGACCAGCCGUGACAAUGAAACGGUCUUCGUCCUCACCUAUCGGGAACUCAAGCAGAUGUUUGAUCGCGCGUUUAAUGAACUCGUGAAGCACAGCAAGACCGGCGCCCCUGGGGCGAACAACUAG